GCGCACGCGGACCUCGGGGGUGCUGGGGGGGGGGGGAGGCGGGCGCAUUGUGCAGGGCGGUCCUGAGCGGCCGGGGUGCACAGUGUGCAGGGUCCCCGGGCUCCCCGAGCCUGCACUGGGAGAAAAGGGACCCUCGAUGUGAGGGAGGCACCUCCUGCAUCCCCACCCCCUGGGUUUGGAGGCGCGGACCUCGAAGGCGCUCGAGGGCGAGUGUUCCAGGGUGAGCAGAGAGUGUGGUGCCCUGGCUGCACCUCCUGCACCGCCCCUGGGGUGAAGGGGGGAGCCCCAGACUAGCCACAGCCCCCCCAACUCACCGCGCGCCGCACCUGCAGCCUGGUCCCCUGGACCCUGAACCUGAGCCAUGGCCCUGAGCGAGCUGGCGCCACUCCGCUGGCUGCAGGAGAGCCGCCACUCGAGGAAGCUCAUCUUGUUCAUCGUGUUCCUCGCGCUUCUGCUCGACAACAUGCUUCUCACCGUCGUGGUCCCCAUCAUCCCUAGUUACUUGUACAGCAUAGAACAUGAGAAGAAUGCUACCGAAAUCCAGACUCCCAAGCCAGUGCUCCCAGCCUCCACCCCAGGCAGCUUCCAGAACAUCUUCUCCUACUUUGACAACUCCACCAUGGUCACCGGGAAUGACACCGGAAGCUUCCGACAGGGGUCACUCCCUAAGGCCACCACUCCACACCCCGUGACCAACAGGUCCACCACCCCUCCCGACUGUCCCAGUGAAGACAAGGACCUCCUGAAUGAAAAUGUGCAGGUGGGCCUGUUGUUUGCCUCGAAAGCCACUGUGCAGCUUCUCACCAACCCUUUCAUAGGACUGCUCACCAACAGGAUUGGCUACCCCAUCCCAAUGUUUGUGGGGUUUUGCAUCAUGUUUAUCUCCACCAUUAUGUUCGCCUUCUCCAGCAGCUAUGCCCUCCUGCUGAUUGCCAGGUCUCUGCAGGGCAUCGGCUCCUCCUGCUCGUCUGUAGCUGGAAUGGGCAUGCUUGCCAGUGUGUACACAGAUGAUGAAGAGAGGGGCAAUGCCAUGGGCAUUGCCCUGGGAGGUCUGGCCAUGGGUGUCUUGGUGGGCCCCCCCUUUGGGAGUGUGCUGUAUGAGUUUGUGGGGAAGACGGCUCCGUUCCUGGUGCUGGCCGCCCUGGUACUCUUGGACGGAGCUGUUCAGCUCUUUGUGCUUCAGCCAUCCAGAGUGCAGCCAGAGAGCCAGAAGGGGACACCACUGACCACUCUGCUGAAGGACCCGUAUAUCCUCAUCGCUGCAGGGUCCAUCUGCUUUGCAAACAUGGGAAUCGCCAUGUUGGAGCCCGCCCUGCCCAUCUGGAUGAUGGAGACCAUGUGUUCCCGAAAGUGGCAGCUGGGCGUUGCUUUCUUGCCCGCAAGCAUCUCUUAUCUCAUUGGAACAAAUAUCUUCGGGAUACUAGCGCACAAAAUGGGGAGGUGGCUCUGUGCUCUUCUGGGGAUGAUGAUUGUUGGGAUCAGCAUUUUAUGUGUUCCCUUUGCAAAGAACAUCUAUGGACUCAUAGCUCCCAACUUUGGAGUUGGUUUUGCAAUUGGUAUGGUGGAUUCAUCGAUGAUGCCCAUCAUGGGCUACCUGGUUGAUCUGAGGCACGUGUCUGUCUACGGGAGCGUGUAUGCCAUUGCUGAUGUGGCCUUUUGCAUGGGCUAUGCGAUCGGUCCUUCUGCUGGGGGGGCUAUUGCAAAGGCGAUUGGAUUUCCAUGGCUUAUGACAAUUAUUGGAAUAAUCGAUAUUAUUUUCGCUCCGCUCUGCUUUUUCCUUCGAAGCCCGCCUGCCAAGGAAGAGAAAAUGGCGAUUCUCAUGGACCACAACUGCCCUAUGAAAACAAAAAUGUACACUCAGAAUAAUAUUCACUCGUACCCAAUAGGUGACGACGAAGACUCUCAGAGUGACUGAGACCCUCCACAGUCAUCAUUGUAGUUAAUUGUAUCAAACAGUGUUUCCAGUGAAAUGACUCACCCAGAACUGUCUCAGUCAUACCAUUCAUCCCUGGCGAAAGAGUAAAACAACCAAAGGUUACUAUUUCUUUAUCAUGGUUAUGACCGAUUGCCAACAGCCUUAUAAAGAAAAAGAAGCUUUUCUAAGGGUUUGUAUAAAUAGUGUUGAAAACUUUAUUUUAUGUAUUUGAUUUUAUUAAAUAUUAUACAAUAUAUUUUGACGAAAUAUAGUGUAAAUCUAUAAAUAUCUGAAUCCAAAUCAAAUAUAAUUUUUUAACUUACAUUCACAAACACUUGGGCAAAAAAACAUAUUUUUUCUGAAUAUUGGUAAUGAGUGUUUAAAAUUAAAGCACACAUUAUCUGUCAAGACACUUCUGAUGAGAAACUAGAAGUCUGAAAGACGGAUUAGAAUCCCGUAAGAGCAUAUUAUGUCGUAUUAUUUAACUUGUAACCACUACCAGUAUACUUGAGUUAAAAGCUAGUUAUCUCAAAUGCAGAGGAUAAGUCCAGUAUUGUUUGGAUGCAUCCAUAAAUCCUAGCUGGUUAUUUUUUAUGUAACUUGCUAGAAACAGAUGGUUGUAAAUUAUGUUUACAUGCCAGGUGGCUGGUAGCAAACAUUAAAGCCAGUAAUGAAAAACAUAGUUCUGAAAGCAGAGAAAAUCACCCAAGUGUAUAGUUUGGAACAAUUAGAAGCUUCCCUAUUAAGAUAUAUACUUGAUCAUCUUAUCAGGUGAAAGAAAGCUUCAGGUAGAUUUAUCUUGUACUGUCAAGGCUGCUGCAGCGUGUUAAGAUUUAUUAGUGUCUAGCAUGUUUUAGAAAAUAAAUUUGAAAAAUGCUAAGGACUGAUACAUUAAAGCUUAUGUGGAGGUUACUCAAGUGUUUUCUAGGGAUGUAUUCAGUAUUAAUUUUGAGCGGCACGAAACUAUUAUUUUCUAGAGUUCUAACAGUUACUCAUAUCCAUGUGUAAGCUAAUUGAAGACAGGCAAAGAAAUGAGGUCUUGAAUCAUUUUAACAGCUUGAAACAGUAGGGUGGUCAUAACACCAUAUCCAUGUGUAAGCUAAUUGAAGACAGGAAAGAAAUGAGGUCUUGAAUCAUCUUAACAGGUCAAAACAGUGGGGUGGUCAUAACACACCUCUUUUCAUAGGCAGAAAAACCUCCGAAACAUCUGAAGACAUCUGUGUAUUACGUAUCACCUAGUGCUGUGUACUGUGGUUUCUGUAGGCUUGACAUUUAAUGUCCCUUGUCAGUAUAACAACAAAUACUGUGUCAGUGAACAUUGUCAGUUUACAUCAAGUUUUCUAUGAGUGUGACUGUAGUGGGGAGUUUUUCCGGUAAUACUUUGUUAAUUCUGUAGUUCCUGUGAUCAUAAAAUUAACCGACAUCUGUUCUUUGUUCAGUUAAAAUUGUCUGUUAGCUCGGACAUCAGGGAACAGAGAACUUUGAACAAAGACUCACCCUUCCAAUUCUCUAGGAGGGGAGCCAAUACCAUGUUCAUUUGCUUUAUAAGCUUUUUCUGUGGGGUUUCAAAUGAUGGCAAGUCUGAAUUUUUCAAUUGCAGUGUUGGAAGUGAGCAAGCUUCCCAUUUACUCAUUUGCACUUGCACACGCCUACUACUUUGGAAGAUGGCGGCUCUGUAGGCACCCGUGGUUCAAAUAAGGGAGGGGUGUCCCCUGCUACCACAGGGAAAAACCUCUAAAAAGGAAUGUGCUACAAGUCGAGGGUCGUACCUUCCUCCAGCACCACUACCAUAUAAUUUAUAACUUAUUUUUGCUGUUAGAGCCUCAGUUUCUUCAAGAUGACUGGUAAAAGUACCCUUACUGUUGAUGUCUAGGGAUCACAGUAUAUAAAUUCUUCACAACUGUGUUUUCUUGUUGUCAUCACUAGGGCUUCAGCUUUCUAGGGGACUUUUUCAGACAGUGAGGCAAAGAGACAAGGAAAGAUACCACAGCAACAGCACCUCCAAGAAGUCUGGUGAGGGGAGGCAAAGCAGACAUCUUCCCGGGUGAACUACCUCGCUAGUCUCACAAUGUACUGAGGGCAAGAAAUCAGUCUGAGGGGACAAAAAUGGGAAGGACAUUUACAACUUAUAUUCUGGGAUUACAAAGACUGAAAAAGAAGAAAGAGGCUUAACUUUCUCCUUUUCUUUCUCUCUUUUAAAGUAAUGCAGCCCUGUGAAAGCUUACUUUCAGCAGAGUUGGUUUCUGUUUGGUGAAACGAGUAUAAACACCGUAAUGAGGUGGCAGUGAAUGUUCUUUGGUAGCUGUUUGUCUGUGUCACGUCUAGUUUACUUAAUAAAUCUUCUCAACACCAAAGUGUCUAUUGGUAUUCCUUUAUAAUCUAGACUUUACCAUGGGAA